AUGAGCACAGUCAAGCUAUUACCUAAUGAGGUCUGUACAAACUAUCAGCUUAAAGAAAAUGAAAAACUAUUAUCAAUCUCAAUUCCAACUUCUAAAAACCCCAAUGCUCAAGGUUUAGUGGGUAUUUUAACAAUACCACAAAAUGCAUUAAUUUCUGAACAAGAAUUAUUAUCAAAACCUGAAUUAUUCCUCAAGUCAAGUCCACCAACUCAUAAAUUAGCUUUAAUAUUACAUGGUAAAGGUGGUCAUAAAAAUUAUUGUUAUCAAGCUAUAUUGGCUCAAGAAUUAGCUUCAAAGCAAGGUAUUUUCAGUUUUAGAUUUGAUUUUAGAGGAUGUGGAGACUCUCAAGAUAAUGAAGAUGUUAAAUUUGGUAGACAAAUGAUUCAUGAUAUUGAGGAUAUCAAUAUUUGUUAUGAUGUUUUCGCAAAAGGUUCUACAUAUAAAGAAAUUGGAAUUAAUUUAAUUACACAUUCUUUUAUUGCACAUUCAAGAGGCUCGGUUGCUGCUUUUAGAUGGGCAAUUGAAGAACAAAAAAAAUUAGAUAAAGGUGAACCUUAUAGAUUUGUUCAAAAUAUUAUUAAUACUUCAGGUAGAUUUAAUCAAACAGUUUUGUUAAAUAUUGGUGAUUUAAAAGAAAAUUUUAGUAGAAUUUUUUUAACUCAAUAUAGAUUAGGUAAAUAUGAAGAUAUAAGGAUUUCAGAUGAAGAAAAUAAUGAUUUAGGUUCACAAAAUUUAGAUGAUAUUAAAUUUAUCAAUGAUGAAGUUCAAGUUUUAAGUAUUUAUGGAUUACAUGAUCAUAUUGUACCUGUGGAAGAUUCUUCAAAUUUUGCAAAUCUAUUGGGUUCAAGACAUACGUUAAAAUUUAUUAAUUAUGCUGAUCAUAAUUAUUAUGGUUCACAAGUUGUUACAGAUGAAAAUUCCAGCAGGCUAAACCCUAAUAAUUAUCCAAUAACUAAAAAAAAUAGAGUUAAUUAUAAUUAUCAAGCUGUUGAGAUUAUUUUGGAUUGGAUUUCAUCAAUUAAUGAGGUUCACCGAUUCAAAAAGUCAAAUUAUUUCAUUUAUCAAUAUCCAAGAUGGAAAUCAAUUGAUGGAAUUUCAAACUUUAGAGAUAUUGGAGGUUGGAAAGUUAAAAAUAGUGGAAAAUAUGUUAAAGCUGGUAUAAUUUUCAGAUCUGCAAAUACUUCAAAGAUUACUCCCUUGGGUGAAUCACAAUUGAAGAAAAUUGGCAUCAAGAGUGUUUUUGAUUUUAGAUCAUAUGGAGAAUUCAAAAAAGCUGGUGGUUUAGAAAUUGAAGGUAUAAAUAUUAAUAAUAUCCCAGUUUUCACUAAAACUGAUGCAUCACCACAAGCUAUUGCCCUAAGGUAUAAAAAUCUUUUAACUUCAUGGUUUACUUAUAAAUAUGUUUAUGAAAAUAUGUUAAAUCAUGGGAUUUAUGCAUUUAAAUCUGUGUUUUUAUUUUUGAGAGAUAAAAAGAAUGUUCCAAUCUUGUUUAAUUGUACCGCUGGUAAAGAUCGUACAGGUGUUAUGGCAAUGUUGAUCUUGUUGCUAUUAGGUGUUGAUAAUCAUAUUAUUGCUAAAGAAUAUGAAUUAACUACUAUUGGUCUAAUACCAGAUCAUGCAACUAUUAAAAAGGAAUUUAUAUCAGGUAUGGAGGAAAUAAUGAAAAAUCAAUCAACUUCAUCUUCAUCAUCAACAACUAAUGAACACUUCAAAGAUCUGCUAUUAUUAACCCCAGAAGAUAUGUUUAAUAAUUUAAUUAGUUCAAAAUAUGAAAGUAUGAUUGCUUCAAUUGAAUUAUUUAAUGAAAAAUUUGGUGGUAUUGAAAAUUAUUGUUUGAAAUAUUUAGAAUUAACUCCAGAAGAUUUAGAAAUUAUUAGAUCUAAUCUAUUAACCAAUUCUUCUCCUUAUCCUGAUCAAAAUUCUAUUUGGAAACAUAGAGCUCAAUCAGGGUCAUUGUUGUGA